AUGGAAGGCGGAAGGCAGAGGGAAGAGGGGAAACCCUGGAAAAAAACGACAGCUGCACGCACAGCAGGGCAGAACAGUCAGGCGAUCGACGAAACGACCCAAACACAGGACGAAGGCGGCGUGAGCACAGCCGCCCGGGGGACGGGGGGGAGCCCAGGAAUCGGAGAAAAAGAAAAACCAGAAAUCAGGGGCACGAGCACAACAGAGGGGCGCGAACCCCACACAGGAGACCAAAGCACGCGAAAGAAACCAAACAAGGAACACGAGACCGGAUCCAAGGAGCAGACACACAACAACAGUAACGUACGCAGAAACGCACACAGGAUAAAGGAAGACCAUCGGCCAGAAAGGCAACUAAGAGAAUUCAGCAAGGCACCAACGGACCCCCCAAACAACACAGGGCAAGGAGGUAGCACCGACGCGAGGACCGACCCCCUAAUCUACUCCUUCCACGAGGGACCCACCCCGACCGUGCCGGCACACCGGGAGGCCGACGGGCAGCGCACGCCAGGAAGCCGGGCAGCGACGUACAGCAUACAGCAGCCGAGAACGGUGGGCACAGAGGGCACCGACGCUGCGCGCAACAGGCGAACAGCGAUCAUCGGAACCUCGGCACCCCGACGGCCCCCCAAGGAGCCUCCAACGAAGCGGCUGGGAUCUACGCGGCACCUCCACUCCACAGCAUCCGCUCGCCAUCUCCACAUCACACUACAGCCCCACGCGUCUGGGAGAGAGAAACGCGCGCAAGGCUGGGCAAAGAAGAGUCGGCACACGUCGCCCCAGUACGGCACCCAGCCAGAACACAACGUGCCAGGCGGCCGUCAACAACUCCCCCGCCACCGCAAACGCCCGGCGCCAAAACCCCGGCAGGACCGCCCAACCCCGCAGGCGCGGCAGACGAACGCCCGAGUAAAGUUGGAGGCACCUGAACCACACCCCCACACCCACAGGGAGCUACGCUCACCUCGCACACAAACACUAAACCCCCGUCACCCCGAGACUAUGCCCGGGACCACCGCGGGAGACGGAGAGGCCCACCCGUACGGGCCUCACGCGGGAGCCACGCGCAACAAGCACCCCUCAGCCACAGAGGAAAAUAGGUCCAAGCGAGCGCCGACCGCUCCAGUGCCUGCUCCACGUCCCGAACGGGGGCACAACCGGGGGCGCCGGAAGCGUGCCGAACGUUGA